CUUUAGUGGUCAUGUGAAAUUAAGUUUAACGUCAUCGGAUGUUGCAUUUCUUGAAGCUACACCUUCUGAACCUAAUAUUAAGAGCAGAUCAAGUACGUCUUUGACAAGGAGUGAUUUGCCAGUCAAUUUAAUAUUGAACUGUAUCGCUGAUCGGUAUGUAUUCGAUGAAUGUAGAAUGAAUCAAAUUCUUGGUGUAUUAACGAUUUUAAUAGCAAUAUCAACUCGUGAUUGGUAUCGUCUACAUGGGGAAAAACUUACCCGAGCAUUGAGAGCAUUGCUUAACGUUCCUAAUAUACUUCGUUCCUUUGAUACUUUUGAGUUUGAUUUUCUUGGCAUCUUAAAACGCUUCAAAUUCAAUGGUAAAUAUUUGUUUACUUCGGAUGGCCCAAUAUUGAAUGAAGAAAUUCCAAGGACACCGGAAACUAAACAGGACAACUUACUUUCUUUACAAAUGCUCGAGUGA